CCUUCACUCUGUUUCUCUCUCUGCAGUAAAUUUCUGCUGGUUGGUUUUGCUCAUUUUCACGACCGAAAUCAUAGCUGGACCUGUCGUGCUCAAAUUUAAAUUCGAAAGAGGGUUCAUUUAUGGUUGUCGAGUGCUGGUGCAAUUGGGAUGAAAGCUUCAUUUGGAGAACUGUGUAUUUGUGACAUAGCUAAAGAUGGGAAGGGUUAAGUUAAAGAUAAAGAAAUUGGAGAGCAGUGGCAAUCGGCAGGUUACUUAUUCAAAAAGGAGGAAUGGCAUCUUGAAGAAGGCCAAGGAAUUGUCAAUCUUGUGUGAUGUGGACAUUACACUUCUUAUGUUUUCCCCGACUGGAAGGCCUACAUUGUUCCAAGGGGAGCGCAGCAAUUUUGAAGACAUUAUUGCAAAGUUUGCCCACUUAACUCCACAGGAGAGGGCGAAAAGGAAAUUGGAGAGCCUUGAGGUACUGAAGAAAACUUUUAAGAAGUUAGACCACGAUGUAAAUGUACAAGAGUUUGUGGGUUCCAGCACACAGACAGUUGAGGAUCUGACAAAUCAUGCAAGAGAAAUGCAAAGCCAACUCACGGAACUGCAUAAGAGACUGAGCUUUUGGAGUAAUCCAGAGAAGGUUGACAAUGUAGAACAGCUAAGGCAGAUGGAAGACAUGCUUAACGAAUCAAUAAGGCGAACACGUCUGCACAAGGAAAACUUUGAAAAACAUCAACUAGCUUCACUGAAUUGCACAAGCCAGUUUCAAAACGGGAUACCUUCAUCUUUAAUUGUGGGUAGUAUGCAAGAAACUCAACCUAUACCUUGGAUUUUGAAUAAUGACAAUCAACAUUUGUUAUUACCCAACGAGGCAACCUUUCUGCCUCAUAGAGAUGUGGACUGCUCUACUAAUGCCUCUGUAGCACGAUUUAAUAGUUACUUUGGCGGCGGCGCCAGCACUAGUACUAGCACUGGCAAACAAUCUGAGGUUGGUGAUCCAGGGCAACUUGAUAAUAUGGGGCAAAUUCCUAGUAUGGAAGGAGGUUGUGGCUUGAAUGAGUAUGACAUAAAUGCUUGUUUGAGUACAGAACUUGGCGAGCAGUAUGCGUAUCCAUCAUAUUGCAAUCCUAAUGUGCCAGACGAUAAAAAAUUGAAGUCUGGUUUAGAAAUGAACUUACCAACAAAUUCAGUGGAUUAUCAAGCAAGUACCAACUUCGAAUUGCCUCAAUCUUUGUAUGGUGACGAGCAUCCUUCUUGGCUUUCAUCUUCCGGGCCUAGCAGCAUUGCUGUAUACGAUGAGAAUACUUACCAGCAGCAACCAAACAUGAGAUUGUAG